UUUUCCUUUAAAAAAGGAAAUGGAGAAUGGGUCGGAGAUGGUCGAAUGUUGGUGCUUUUGUUAUUCCAUCUACUCCAGCCAAGUGUUCAUCUCUCUCUCUACCGUUUCUUCCAUCAAAAGUCCACAGACCCUUUUUCUUUAUGACCGUCUUCCGUCAUUUACCCAGUCAACACAACGAAACAGCUCUUACACACCCAGAAAUUCAACAUCAAUCCAUUGGCUACACGGCUGGUAAGUUAGCCUGCAGCAUUUUCCUCCAAGAUGUUCUCGUUGCCUGAGUUCCUAAAAAGAUCAAAGAAUGGCUCAUAAAGGUGAAUUGGUUGUUAUUGGCAUCUCCGUUGGUGUGGCUCUUGGCAUUUUGAUAGCAGUUCUAGCUUUUUUGGGGAUAUGCUGGUUCAAAAAACGUUCUCCUUUGCAAAAUGCUAACAAUGACCAUAGUGGAAUGAUUCUUCCAAUACGGACAAAUGGCCUGGGUUCAAGCAUUGACUCUAGUGCAAGUCUCUCAGAUUCUGAAUAUGUUACGGGAUCAGAUUAUCUUCCCAAAGGUUCUCACUUCUCUUGGUGGAGCUACCGUGGUAAAGAUGGGUUGGCUUCAGCAUCUGGCAUACCAAGAUACUUGUACAAGGAUAUUCAGAAAGCUACGCAAAACUUCACCACUAUUUUGGGACAGGGAUCUUUUGGUCCUGUCUAUAAAGCCUCAAUGGCUACAGGUGAAGUGGUUGCCGUGAAGGUUCUGGCUUCUGAUUCAAAGCAAGGGGAGAAAGAGUUCCAAACAGAGGUAUCUCUACUUGGUAGGCUGCAUCACCGGAAUCUGGUGAAUUUGGUAGGAUACUGUGUAGAUAAAGGCCAGCACAUGUUAAUUUAUGAGUUCAUGAGAAACGGAAGCCUAGCAGAUCACUUAUACAGUCAAGAGGAAGAAGUAUUGAGUUGGGACGUACGGCUUGAAAUUGCUCUUGAUAUUUCACAUGGAAUUGGGUAUCUUCAUGAUGGGGCAGUCCCCCCCGUCAUCCAUAGGGAUUUGAAGUCAGCUAACAUAUUGCUUGACAGAUCGAUGAGAGCCAAGGUUGCUGAUUUUGGACUGUCAAAGGAAGAGGCCUUUGAUGGCAGAAAGUCGGGCAUUAAAGGUACAUACGGAUACAUAGAUCCUGAAUACAUAACCACAAACAAGUUCACGACGAAGAGUGACAUCUACAGUUUCGGUAUUAUCCUCUUUGAGCUCAUCACAGCCAUCCACCCGCAGCAAAACUUGAUGGAAUACGUCAAUCUCGCGGGUAUGAGUCCAGAUGGUGUGGAUGAAAUUCUUGACAAUAGACUAAUUGGAGAUUGUAAGAUCGUAGAGGUGAGGAACCUAGCUAGCAUUGCCCACAAAUGCUUGCGCAAAACGUCUAGAAGGCGGCCUUCAAUCGCAGAAGUUUCACAGGCUAUAUCAAAGAUAAAACAGAGCCGCCUUUCCAAAGAUGAUACCAUGUCUUUUUCUAGAGAAGAUGCUGCCGGCCUGGCGUGCCGGACUGAGCUUCAACAAGUGCAGUUGAGCAAAAUGAGCAGCAUAAAUGAAAUCAUGUAACGUAUGUACAGGAAUGAGUUUCGUGUACUAUCCACAAGAAAAAACAGAAAGGGAAAUUAUGUUCCCCGAAGAAGAGCUUUUUUUUGUACCGAUUCAUGACAGAACAAUUUGCGAAUGAAAUUCUCUUUGCUUCA